GUGCGAUGAAACUGUAGCGGUGACUCCGGUGCGCCGGUAGGAGGAGACGGAGAAUCGUUUCCCUCCGGUUCUCUACUCUGUCCAGAUUGCACCGCUCACAGCCACCUCGGUGCACGAUCGCGCGCCCUGUCCUUCUGUUUUUCUUCAUAUAGGGGAUAUAUAGCAAUUGUAGAGGAUUGUGCCCCCGUCUCGGCUCGCCCACAAUCUGUCCCAUUACCACAGCAACUUCCCGGAGUAGUCGACCGCCUCAUCCAUGCAUUGGAGUCCCCAGCGCACCGGCUCCGGCUCCAGCCAUGUCGGACAGGAAUGCAGCGGCUGGCGUCGGUGACAGAGUGGGAGGCGAACCGGCAGAUGUGCUGGUUGAGGAAAAACAAAGUGGUUCUGUGUCUUUGCCCAGCCCGAUGACCCCGUCCUCAGCUGCUGGCAUGUCCUUGAGCAUGGAGAUGCCCCGGAAGCGUAAGGGCAGCAUAGACAACCAGGAUACAAAAUCUGCUUCCAUGGAUAUGGACAUGGAAGAUAUGGAAGAGGACCAAAACGGGUCAGAUGGAGAGGACCAACAUGUCAAAAUGAAAUGCUUCAGGGAACCGCACAGCCAAAUUGAGAAGAGGAGGCGGGAUAAAAUGAACAAUCUCAUUGACAAACUGUCAGCCAUGAUCCCUACCUGUAACCCCAUGUCCCGUAAACUGGACAAACUCACUGUGCUCAGAAUGGCCGUGCAACACCUCAAAUCUCUCAGAGGUUCAGCAAAUUCUUUUUCUGAAGCCAACUACAAACCCUCAUUCCUUCCCAACGAGGAGCUCAAGCACCUUGUACUUAAGGCUGCAGAUGGGUUCCUGUUUGUAGUGGGCUGUGAUCGCGGGAAAAUCGUUUUUGUCUCGGAGUCCGUCACGAAGAUAUUAAAUUAUAGUCGGGCGGAGCUGAUUGGACAGAGCCUGUUUGAUUACAUACACCCAAAGGACAUGGGAAAAGUGAAGGAGCAGCUGUCAGCUUCUGAAUUAUACCCUCGUGAACGCCUAAUAGAUGCUAAAACCGGUCUGCAGGUCCAGGCUGACCUCCCAGUCGGUGCAGCCCGGCUGUGUUCAGGCGCACGCCGCUCAUUCUUUUGCCGCAUGAAGAUAAACAAAAUUUGUGUCAAAGUGGAGGAGAAGGAAUUCCAAGCCUGCACCUCCAAAAAGAAAGAGUCGCAGAAGUACUGCACGGUCCACUGUACAGGCUACAUGCGCAGCUGGCCUACCAGUCAGGUGGGAGCAGAGGGUGAGGGCGAGGCAGACAAGGAAGAUGGCUCCCACUUCAGCUGCCUGGUGGCGGUGGGACGCGUCCACUCCCACUCAUCUCCCCAGGUUAAUGGAGAAGUCCGUGUUAAACCCACAGAGUUCAUCACACGCUAUGCCAUGGAUGGAAAAUUCACAUUUGUCGACCAAAGAGCGACAACCAUUCUUGGUUAUCUUCCUCAAGAAUUGCUCGGGACAUCAUGCUAUGAGUACUUCCAUCAAGACGACUUACCGCAUUUAGCCGACAGACAUCGAAAAGUGCUGCGGAGUAAAGACAAAAUAGAGACAAACUGCUAUAAGUUCAAAACUAAAUAUGGCUCUUUCGUCACUCUGCAAAGUCAGUGGUUUAGUUUUGUAAACCCCUGGACCAAAGAAGUAGAAUACUUAGUGUCAACUAACACAGUUAUAUCGUUUGAUAACAGUCGAGCCACUCGGUCGGGAAACAAGUCCGAACAUUCAAGCAAUUCCAAGACUUCGGAAGAUGUCAAGAAGUCCCUUCCAGUUAUACCCGGCAUCUCCACCACACCUGGAGCUAUGAUUUAUGCUGGAAGCAUAGGGACCCAGAUCGCCAAUGAGCUUCUGGAUUUCAACAGGAUGAACUCAUCACCUUCCAGUGGCAGCGUCAGCCCGUUCACUCUAUCACAGGAUAAAUGUCCACAAAUGCACAAUCAAAUCAGCAACAGUGUGCCAAAUGGAGAAGCAACAGACAUGGAGAUUCCAGGAAAGUCCAGUUCAGAGGAUGAUCCCCAAGGAGCUGCAUUCUCAGGAGCAGAAUCACUCAUGGGGGAGAGUUCCCAGCUGGAUUUGGACAACGUGGUUGGACCGGGCCUUAGUAGUCUUAGCAGUGAUGAAGCAGCCAUGGCAGUGAUCAUGAGCCUCCUGGAGACAGACACAAACUUGGGUGAGGCUGUGGACUUUGAAGAGAUGCACUGGUCUUUAUAGAAUCUGCACACAGAAAAUCACUUGGACCAUCAUAUUUGUGAUGAGAACAGCUUGAAAGCUCACUCUAAGACUCGGCAUUCCUUUUUGUUAAAGGACUUUUUUUAUUUAUUUGUUCAGUUUUGCCACAUAAGCUGUGUAGUCUUUGUGUGGCUACUCUAACGGGGAGCGGGAUCGACGACAAUAAGGGACACAUGCUUUCCCUCGUCAGGAGGAUGUACCUCUAAAGCCUUACAGCGGUCUGCCUGCCCUAAAACGCUGUUCCUCACAUCUACUGUCAUCCUCUCACAAGGUUGAAGAAGCCAUGAACACAAUUGACAGUGACAUGAUAUACAUCGGGAUAUUUUUUUUUUUUAAGGUUGUAAUUUCAUUAGGUACUGUAUAUUUAAUGAAAAUGCGAGGACGACACCUUGACAACCUGGCCCAUCUCUGCGACCCCUCAGGAUCCAAGCCGUAGGUAGCCAGUAUACCACGGCAGACCACACUUCCAUAACCUCGAACUUUGAGAGUCACCUAAUGGUGUGCCGCUCAGAGAUUUUCUCUUGUCAGUAUCUGAACAUUUUCCACGGAAACAGUCCUGCAGCCUGCUCACCUGAACACUGACUUGAACAUACUGUAUAUGUGUGGAUUUGGUAUGAGAUCGCAAACACCAUGUCUUCAAGCCAUAGCUGUCUUAAACAUUUAAAUUUCUUGCCAGAAAUCAGAGCAGCCCGUUUUUGAUAGUUGACCAUUCAUGAACUGCUAUGGAUUUCUGAACACUACAGUACCACUCCAUGCAAAGUGAAACGCCACUUUAGACGCGCUGGUGGCCGCGGUCAGCAUCAAACCCAUUUUACAUCUAUGACAUUUUAUUAAUAUGUUUGAUCUCAGAGUCCGAUGGCAGAAGUGAAAACUAACUGAUGUGAUGGAAACAGAGCCGUCCCAUUUAAACAUAGACGGACAGUUCUUAGUAAUUACCAGUAUUUUGUCCUCCAGUCUAAGGUUUUAAAUACUGCCCUACAUACUUUUCUCGUAACUAGUCUGUAGUGGUUCACCUGUGCGUUUGUGUUCUUAUACUUAGUCAGCUUUAUAAUCUUCCAGGUAAACCUUAGCUGUUUUUCUUUUUACCUGUACAAUUAUACAGUUGGAUAGUCUUUCAAAAGGCAUGUUCAUGUGUUUAUGUGCUUGUAAGAAGCACACAACGUUGUCAUGCAUACAUUAUAUA